UGGAUCUAGAGCUCCAUGUUGCUUACCCACCCCCACCCUUCCUAAUCCUCCAACGUGUCCUGUUCUUUUCCAGCCCAUGAAACAAACCUGUGAGUACUGCACCGUGCAGAACAUCCCCUUCCCCAAAUACGAGCUGCAAGAGGACGAGGAAAACCUCAAGGAGUGCUACUUGCUGGAGAACUCCCAGGAGCCUGAUGGCCCCAUCGUCCUUUUCUUCCCACUCAUCAACGACUCCUUCCAGAAAUACAAGGCCCCAGGUGUGGAGCGAAGCCCCGAGGAGCUGGAACACGGCCACGUGGACAUUUAUGGCCCCCAAACUCCAUACGCUACCAAGGAGCUGACAUACACAGAGGCCGCCUUUGACAAGCUGGUGAAGCUCUCUGAGUACAACAUCCUGAAUAACAAGGACAAGCUCCUUUGGGCCUUGAGACUGGCGGUGGAGAAGAAGAAACACCUGAAGAGCGAGUGUCCCUCCUAAGUCCCAGCGAGCCUCACCGAUCUUGUGUCUGCUUCUAAGGUCAGAGGCGUGGUGUCCCUCCUAAGUCCCAGCAAACCUCACCGAUCUUGUGUCUGCUUCUAUGGUCAGAGGCGUGGAGCCCAUCAGGGCUGACCAGCCUGCUCAGCCGGCUCUGCUCUCUGGCAAGGGGCGUAGGCAGGCUGACCAGGGCUUUUUAUCAAAAAAAUAAAAAUUUUUAAAAUUUGAGGGAGAUAGAGAAAGAAACAAAAGGAACAUAACACGGGCAUGUGUUGGGAUUUUCAACCCACAGGAAUUUUUUUAAACCUUUCCCUGCAGGGAAGGGGUCCAGUAGCCACAGGGUCCCACACAUGCCUCAAGUAUGGAGAAUAAAAGCGGGGCCUGCGGAAGAGAUGAGUUCCCUAGGAACAGCCUGCGAGCUGGAGCUAAAAGCCCCCUCGAUUCUACUCCUCUCGGCCUCCUGGCACAGAGGGCCUCCAGGAAUAAACAAGAGGAGGACCUGAAGAGUACUCUGGGUUCUCUGGAAAAAACGCCUUUUUAAACUUAAGGCAAUCAUUAUUUUUAUAGGCUAUUAUAUUUUGUGGUUUUCGUUGUUUUGAAUCAGGGUAUUCAUAGAUAGUGUGAUGAUCUAGAAGAUCUAGACCGAGCACCAGACCGAGAACUGGUCUCUUCAGCAACAAAGCCAAACAGGUGACGGGCGGGUCUCAGCAGUCCCCCUCCAGCCGCUCAGAGCCCCUGGAACACUGAUCCCUGGGAUCUCAACCUGGCAGCCUCAUCUGAGCGCCUAGCUCUAAUGACAUGCCCAGCAAAGCCCGCGUCUGCAGCUCAAGGUCUCGGAACGAGAAUCUGGGGUGCAGCUCAGGGAUGUCUGAGCAGGGAAACGGAGUCAGGCAUCAGGCCAGCACUCGCCAGCCAGCCUGUCCCAGGAGCACUCCUCGGUUCCCUUCUCACCUUCUUCUCUGGUUUCCAGAAGGGAUUAUUUAUUCUAAACGGGAUUCCUCUUUUUAUCAUGUAAACACCGUGGCUGGAGGCGACUCUCAACAAGGAAGACUCAACCCUUGAAGGAGUAGGUUAGCCCUGAGGAAGAAGCCCAUCCAUCCUUGCAGAAGGUUGGCAGACAAAUCACUGGGAAAGCCCUGGGACACAGAGAAGCCCAAAGUAUCCAGGCCUACUAGGAAUUUGACUAAAGAAAUAUGUAACCUGAGCCAUGGAGAUGUCCAGGCCGAUGGAAGAUGUGACCAGAAAGGCAUGAAGCCCAACAAACCUGGAAGACUUGGCCCUCUUUCCUGGCCUCUAUGCUCCUGAAGCAGUCCUUGGGUUGCUAGGAAAUGAUGAGUGGUGACAAGUAACGAAAGUCCAGAAAAAUCGGCUUCCAAAAUCCAUCCUUGCUACUCAAAGUGUGGUGGGGGACUGGUUAGACAUGCAGAGAAGCUCAGGCCCCACCCCAGGUCUGCUGGAUCAGAAUCUGCAUUUUAAGGAGAUUCCCACCUCCUCUCUGCGCACCACCCACAUCCCCAUGAGGCUACACGUAUUAAAUUUCAGUGGUGUGGAUUUAUGCCAUACUCUCCUAUAAGCUUGGAAAGCAGGAAUUCAUCAGUGCCCCUAACCCACUGGUAAACAGGGCUCCUGGACCGGCAAAACUGGUCCCCACCCAGGUAAUUCGGACCUGGGAUGCCCCCCUCCUCUACGCCAGAGCAGCCAACAGCCUCCACUUUGACAUCUUUUCUCUCCACCUGCAACAAACAGGCUCUCCUUAAAUUAGAGUGAGCCAUGCUGUAAGACCUGUUUGCUGGACAGUAAAGACAGCCCUGCCUUGGAUUCAUCAAAGUGUGUACAAUGAGGCUUAUAAAAUCAUUGUAGUAUUUGAGCCCAGAAUAAAAUGGCCAUGUGGGUAAA